UCCAUUCAUUUUUUCCAACUCUUUAUAAACUUCUACAUUUCUAUAUUUUUAAAAAAUUAAAAUAACAAAUAUGGCAAUACCGGUCAAAAGCUGUUUUUAGCUGCUCAAUAAUUUUCUAGAGCUCAAAGAUAUGCUAUGUCAUAAACGACAGAGUGGGAUUGUGGAACUGGUAGGGAUGCAAAGUGGAGUACUGCGAACUACAAAUCCUCCAUCACCGAUAUCACGUUCGUAAUAGCUGUCGUAAUAAACGCUUUUCUGUCUCUGCAUAAAAUUUACCAAAUUCAACAUGCCAUCCUACAAGCUGAUUUACUUUCCUAACACGGCAUUGGCCGAGCCAAUUCGUUUUCUGUUCAACUAUGCUAACAUCGACUUUGUGGAUGAACGUUUCGAUUAUGCAGAUUGGCAAAAACUUAAGCCUACUAUGCCAUUCGGUAAAGUACCUGUGCUAGAAAUAGAUGGAAAGAAGUGCCCUCAGUCCGUUGCUAUCUGCCGUUACUUGGCCAAGAAAUGUGGUCUUGCCGGCAAGGACGAUUGGGAGGCUUUGGAGAUCGAUGCGACCGUUGACACGAUACACGAUUUGCGCGCGAGUAUCGCUGCUUACUCCUACGAGAAAAAUGAAGAGGCUAAAGCAGAAAAACAUCAAUAUGCCAAAGAGGCGGUGCCGUAUUAUUUGGAGCGCUUGGACGCUCAGGUGAAGAAAAACGAUGGUUACUUGGUCGGCGGUGCCUUAUCGUGGGCCGAUUUUACUUUCGUCGGUCUGUUGGAUUAUUUGAAUUACAUGAUGAAUGAAAACAUCAUCGAGAAAUAUGAAAAUUUGAAACAACUCCAAAAGAAAGUCGAGGAAGUACCGGCCAUUAAGCGCUGGAUCGAGAGACGUCCGCCGAGAGGCGUCACUGGCCAAAAUAAUGUGAAUUUCACAAAAUGAUAGUUGAUUUUUCGACAGAGUUGAUCGUUUAUUGAUGUUUGAGUUAAAUUGAGUUAAAUAGUAUAUCGAUUUCUCCUUUUUAUCUUCAAAUGUGUGUAUAUCUUCAAUAAAUAUUCAUGGGCGAAGACUUUCUUAUAGAAAGGGUAUAGAGCUUUUCACACUCAGAACUCUCAUGAGUGUGGUGGAAUUCUACAUUCAGUAUUCGGAGUAUU